AUGCGUGCCACCAUCAUCUUUGCCCUCCUCGUCGUCACCGGCAGCGCGGCGCUGUCCGGCUCGGUGCUGACGCUCACCCAGACGCUGCUCACCAAGCUGACGCUCCCCAAAUACUUCAAGGCCAGCGACAAGAUCGUUUGCGAUGUCGCUACCGACAUUUCCAACUGGGCCGCCGCGAAUCAGAACAUGAGCCAGCUGAUUGAUAGUAUGAGCGCCAAGGGCAACGACUACAAGUCGACAAUCGUCCUGACGAAGGGGGCAGCCAUGUCGCAAUACUUUCUCGACUUCACCACCUGUCUGAGCAAGUGCAACGACCUCUCCUUCUUCGAUUGGUGCAAAGGUACCCUUGGAUCGGCAUUGUACACCUCUCUGACGGCGCCAUACAAGAUCUGCGUGUCCGACAAAAUGCCGCAAAUGAUUGCCAACGGCAAGACCGUCGCCCAACGUGCCGAGCAGUGCGCCAGCUGCGGAAAUAGCCAGUGCAACGACACGCUCAUCGCCAACAUCGUCAAGCUCACCAUGCAACGCACCUACGUGAAGACAUGGACCACCUGUGUGCGCCCAUUGAUUACCGCGCAAGUGCUGAACAUUGCCAACUACAUCCCGACCGCCGGCCCCGAGAAGACCUGCUUGGCCAACUUCCCCUCCAAGGCUUACGGCCAGGCC